UGGUAUAUUUUUGAAAUUUAAAUUUCGGAACAGUGCAUUUGGUAUAGGAAGAGAUAUUGUGCAGUGUGUAUUUUUAUUGCAAUUGUGUGAGUUUUUGAACUUUAAGGAUGAGUCUCCGAAGAGCCGAUUCAUCAGCUACAGAUGGAGGCAGAGACAAAAAUAUGAGUCGCUUGAACGGAUUCCUUAACUUAAAGACACCGCUGAUCAGCACCAAAACAUUGGGAGCGCAGCUUGAAACUACAUCAACAAGCUCACCACAAGCCAAGUCUCCCGCGAGCAGCAGUGCUGGAGCUACAGCUGGUGCUUCAACGGCCCAGGGGGAGAGGACACCAACAGCUCACAACAAACAACUACAGAAUGUCAAGGGACAAGACCACCCACCGCAUCCUUCCAUGGCGUUCCUUCAGAACCGGUCCAUCUCAUUGGUGGAUAUGUACAUCGACAAUUCGGAGCCAUCAGAGAACGUUGGCCAGAUACAUUUCUCGCUGGAAUACGACUUUCAAAACACUACUUUAAUUCUAAGGAUUAUACAAGGCAAGGAACUCCCAGCCAAGGAUCUAAGCGGGACAUCUGACCCUUACGUGAGGGUCACAUUGCUACCGGACAAGAAACAUCGCUUGGAAACAAAAAUCAAACGUCGCACCUUGAACCCGAGGUGGAACGAGACCUUCUACUUCGAAGGGUUCCCGAUACAGAAGCUGCAGAGUCGGGUGCUUCAUCUUCAUGUAUUCGAUUAUGAUCGUUUCUCGAGAGAUGACUCUAUCGGUGAGGUGUUCUUGCCCUUAUGUCAGGUGGACUUAAGCGAGAAGCCGUCCUUCUGGAAGGCUUUGAAACCACCAGCUAAGGACAAGUGUGGUGAGCUGCUGACGUCACUCUGCUAUCAUCCGAGUAACAGCGUUCUAACAUUGACACUGCUUAAAGCUAGAAACUUAAAGGCAAAAGAUAUCAAUGGAAAAUCAGAUCCCUACGUAAAAGUUUGGCUGCAGUUCGGUGACAAGCGUAUUGAAAAACGCAAGACGGCCGUCUUCAAAUGCACAUUGAAUCCCGUCUUCAAUGACUCAUUCUCCUUCAACGUACCCUGGGAGAAGAUUAGGGAAUGCUCCUUGGAUGUCCAAGUUAUGGACUUCGACAAUAUCGGCCGGAACGAGCUGAUUGGCAGAAUACUACUGGCUGGGAAAAACGGCUCUGGAGCAACAGAGACGAAACACUGGCAGGAUAUGAUAACCAAACCACGACAGACCAUCGUACAAUGGCACCGCCUGAAACCUGAGUAAAUUGUUGACAUGGGGUCGUUUGAACUCCAUACAUUAAUGCGUGUUAGAAAGAAAUAACACUAUAGGUUAGAAACAUAUGAUUCUUUGCAUUCGUAGCGUUAUAUCUAUUUGACGAGCAAUAUUACUUGUAUGGGGUCAUUUUUUUAGACAAGACGUUUAUUAGUUUAAAUGAAUAAU